UACCCACAAUGCCGCCCGCUAGCCUGGCCAUACGGCCUGGUUCCCAUGCCUGACCUGGGGGUCUUCGGCCCGGCUUUGGCGUCCGGGGCUGCGAAACUUGAGGUCCGCGGUCUCACUCCAGCUCAUAUCCGCCGCUCCGACUCUGGCCCGAACUUUCCACGGCCCGCAGCACUGCCAGGCCCUGAAAAAAAAACUUCCUGUGUCUGUCCAGAGGUAUACAGAGAGAGACAGGUUCAAUUCUAAGGCCUAAAAAGGAACAAGUCCCACUGGGAACAAUGGCCACCAUCCCUGGCCUCCAGCCCCUGCCACCCUUGGAGCAGGAUCUGGAACAGGACGAGAUCCUGAUUGUGAAGGUGGAGGAGGACUUCGGCUGGGAAGAGGAGCCCUCCGUGGAGACGGAGGACCCCAGCCCCGAGACUUUCCGCCAGCUCUUCCGGCUCUUCUGCUACCAUGAGGUGGCUGGGCCCCGGGAGGCCCUGAGCCGCCUCUGGGAGCUGUGCUGCCGCUGGCUGCGGCCGGAGCUGCGCACUAAGGAGCAGAUCCUGGAGCUGCUGGUGCUGGAGCAGUUCCUGACAGUGCUGCCGGGGGAGAUCCAGGCUCGGGUGCGCGAGCAGCAGCCGGAGAGCGGUGAGGAGGCCGUGGUCCUCGUGGAAGGGCUGCAGCAGCGGGAGCCCAGGAAACACAGGCAGCGGGGCUCAGAGCUGCUUUCUGAUGAUGAGAUGCCCCUCGGGAUAGGGGGACAGUCCUUAAAAUGCCAGGCGGAGGCUCAGACGGAGGAGCUGUUUCUGGAGGAAGAGGCUCGAUGCUCCAGCCAGCAGCCCCCAGCCCAGCUAAGCCACAGGCCACAGAGGGGCCCGCUGCUGUGGCCAGAGAGGGGUGAGCAGCACCCCUUUGGAGGAACGGGAAGUGGUGCAGGGAAGGAAGGUGAAGGCCCUCCGGCCCCCCAGCAUCAGGAGAUGGCAUCAGCCUCGCCCCUCCUUUCAGCCUGGUCCCAGGCGCCUGUGAACUUGGAGGAUGUGGCUGUAUACCUUUCUGGGGAGGAGCCAGGAUGCCUGGACCCAGCUCAGCAAGAUGCGCUGCUGGAGAAUGAAGGACCUGUGAUACAGUUGGUGGAUGGUGGUGAUGGCAGAGAGGACGCCCCGGUGAGGAUGGAGUGGUACCGAGUGUUCUCGGCGCGAUGCCAGGGCCCUGGCCACCCGCUCCCAAGUCAGAGGCCAGCCCCAGUCAGGGGCUUGGCCAGGCCUGAGCAACCAAGAGGUGGCCCCCCAUCAGGAAGAGGGGCUUCCCAUGGGGCGGACAAGCCGUACACCUGCCCCGAGUGUGGCAAAGCCUUCAGCAAAACGUCCCACCUGACCAAGCACCAGCGCACACACACGGGUGAGCGGCCUUACAAGUGCCUGGUGUGCGGGAAGGGCUUCAGCGACCGCUCCAACUUCAGCACACACCAGAGGGUGCACACGGGUGAGAAGCCCUACCCGUGCCCCGAGUGUGGGAAGCGCUUCAGCCAGAGCUCCAGCCUGGUCAUCCACCGCAGGACGCACAGCGGGGAGCGGCCCUACGCCUGUACCCAGUGCGGGAAGCGCUUCAACAACAGCUCCCACUUCAGCGCCCACCGCCGGACGCACACAGGUGAGAAGCCCUAUACCUGCCCAGCCUGUGGCAAGGGCUUCCGCCGGGGCACCGACCUGCACAAGCACCAGCGGACCCACAUGGGGGCAGGCUCCCUGCUGACGCUCCCGCCAGUGGCUCCUGGAGGCCCCGGGGCCAAGGCCUGAUCACCAUAUCUGAAACUGCCUUUCCAGGACUCUCGUUCCUGGGCACAGAAUUCAGGAAGCUGCCAGAGACCCUGGUCCGAAAGCAUCGCCUGUUGCCUCCCAUGGCCCAGUAUGAGGUCAGCAGGAGACAUUUGGGAUGCUCAGACCAAGGAGGAAGCUGGGCACUGGGUACAGAGCAAGGGCAAGGACAGGCUGUGUGAGUGUCCAGUGGCGGCCAGAACAGACGAGACAGAGCGAGGACUUCAGACACGGUGACACACUCAGGAAGCCAGAAGCCCGUACCCAAGGUGUUAGUGGGGCUGGCUCCUGGAGGGCCUGGGAGGUCCAUCAGCCUCUUCCAGCAUCCGGUAGCUGCUGGCGUGUACCCUCAUCGCUGCGUCCGUUCCUGUCCCCUGUGUGUCUGUGACCCUGUGCGCCAUCUUUGUGUGUCCUCCCCUGCCUUUUUUUUUUUUUUAAAGACAGCCUUGCUGUGUCACCCAGCUGGGAGUGAAGUGCCAUGAUCAUAGCUUACUGCAGCCUCGAACCCCUGGGCUCAAGUGAUCCUCCUGCCUUGGCCUCCUCAGUAGCUGGAUUACAGAUGUGUGCCGCCAUGCCCAGCCUCUUUUUGGUAGGGCCACCACUCACUUGGUUUAGGUUCCCCCAAUUCACUGUAACCUCAUCUUAACUAAUUAUAUCAUCAAAACUGGUGUUUGCAAACAAGGUCACAUUCUGAGCUCUGGGUAGACAUGAAUUUGAGGGGCCCCUCUCUGGCCUGCCGUAAGGAUCCCUGAUGUACCCCAGCCUUCCCAGGACCUGUCCUCCAGCUUCUCCUCCAUCCUGCUAGGGUUUCCAAAUGCCUGGGGCUGGCCAGCAUUCCAGUCCCUUUUGCAGAUCCAUAUCUGCCCUGCAGGCUGGCAGACACCUGGGGCGGGAACACAACCCUGAGUUCCAUCUUCCUGACCUGUCACCAGGGAUGCGACAGGCCUGACGCCUCCCCAGGGACGAGGUUCAGGGCCACCUUUGCUUCUGGCUCCUUAGUGUCUGGGACAUGGCCUUCCAUGGUCACCCCCCUUUGUCUUUCUAAGGUAAGAAGCCUUCACCUUCCAGCUUCUGUCUGGCCUGUGCUGUGUGGGAGCGUCUGGUCUGUACACAUCAUCUCAGCGUGUGAGUGGCUGAGGUGAGUGGUGUAAUAGAGUCCUCGGUGUGUGUAGUUGUCUCAGAAGUCAUAGGACGGCUGUGGACACCACUGGGUUCUGGAAUGUUCCAGCUGGGCAGUGGUGGUUCCUCAUGGGUAGGUAGCCUUGGCCCUUGUCCCAGCCUGGGAUGCUCCAUUCCAUUUGUCACACGGUCACCGUAUAUACGUGCACAGUUUGAUCUUGUGGCACAGCCCAUGUUCCAGCUGCGUGACCUGCCCUUUCCUCGUUCCCUUAACUAACAUAAGUAGUCAGUGCCUCUGG